CUUUGAAUUUUUUGAUUUUUGGACCCACCCCACAGACGUCUAGACGAAGACAUGUUGUCUUGUUGAAAUGGAAAUGGGGUCUAUAGCUAUGCCGGUGCCUGUGGUUUGCGUCCCAGCUGUAAACCCCUUGGCUGUAGCAGCUCGCAGUGUCCUCUGAUUUCGUGAAUCUGUCAGACACCUGCUUGAAACGAGCGGAAGUUGCUGGUGGGGUCAAGGUUUCUGGUUUGCUGUUGCAACUGCUGCUCCUUGAGUCAAUGUCUACUCGAAGAGUGACCGUGAAGCUAGCAAACCCAGAUGACAAGGGACAAGUAAUCAAUGUGCCAAAAACGUUCCAGGAGCUUCUCGCUUGCGUAUCCGUGCGCUUGAGCAUAGGCGCAAAGCGGAUCUUCAACGAAAACGGAGCAGAGAUCGUUGAUGUCAGCGUACUGAGAGACGAUGACAAACUAAUAGCAACCGGAGGAGAUGCGUUCCACAAUGGCAUCGUCCAAAAAGGUGCUUCACCCGUUGGCAUGACCACAGUGCAGCGAUGUGUCGCAGUUACCGAGAGUUUUCGGGACGAGUGGAUAUCAUUGAAUGUUGGUGGCGAGCGCUUCGUAACAACGCGUACAACUUUGACGAAGGAUGCUGACUCAAUGCUUGGAAGAAUGUUCUCCACUUCAAUCGAGAAUGACUGGUCUUGGGGCAGUGCUAUUGACAGUAGUGGGUCGUACUUGAUCGACCGUAGUCCGAACUACUUCCAUCACUUGCUCGACUACUUACGCGUUGGAAAGAUUUUCGAGGACAAAACCUCAAUCUUGCAAGGUGUGCUGGAGGAAGCACAGUUUUUCGGUCUGACGAAAGCCGUUGAAUACUUGGAUUGUCUUCUUCAGGACCGCGAAGCAUCUGAGGCAGCAGAUGCCCCGCUGACAAGGCGAGAGUUCAUUUCACUGCUAGUGCCAACGCCCACAAACAGUGUACUCCGGUGUCAGGGUAUUAACUUGGCAAGGGCCAAUCUGAGUAAUCUGGACCUGCACUGCAUCAACUUCAAACAAGCUAAUCUACGUGGCUGUGAUCUGCGCAAUGCCAAUCUGGAAGAGUGUUGCCUGAACAAAGCGGACUUGCAGAGGGCUAAUCUUGAUGGUGCAAACCUGCGCUGUGUUAACAUGGUGCGAGCAAAUUGUGAGUCUGCCACCAUGCGAGGUUGUGAUUUUGAAGACCCGCUUGGGAAGAGUUCGAAUUUGGAAGGCGCCAACAUGAAGCACUCCAUCCUGGAAGAUAGCCACAUGUCUGGUGUGGUGCUGCGUGUAGCCUGCUUGCGCAAUGCCUCACUCAGGCGCUGUGACCUGCAAGGCGCUGUCUUGGCUGGCACUGAUCUCGAGAACUGUGACCUCACUGGCAGCAAUCUACGUGAAGCCAACCUCCGCGGCUCUAACUUGCGAGGUACAAUACUUGAAGACAUGCAAUCGCCCCUUCAUAUGUCACAAACAGUCACAUGAUCAUUUCCAAAUGACAUCAUUUACAUUAUGGAUGACAUCACUUCAUAUGUCACAAACAGUCACAUGAUCAUUUCCGAAUGACAUCAUUUACAUAUGGAUAACAUCACUUCAUACCUAACCCUUUAUACCAGAGUCAGACAACUUUAUAUUAAUUCAUCAAUCCCACUCUGGAUGCACGCAAUAUCCUCAACCCGCUGAUCCUCGCUUCAUGAUGGCCUGCAUAGCAUUCAAAUAGCCGAAUGUACAAUGUAGGAUGAUGCCCAUUGUUAACACACUGCUUGACCUGUUCCGUAUUCCACUAGACCGUCUUUGCGUGAAUAUUAUAUUUGUGUAUCCUGCUAUUUCGUCUGUAUUACAUGUGCUGUUUUGUGUCCUGUGCAAUUUAGCCGGUUUUCUAUGCUUCCGAACCAAAACGG